GAUUAACUACGAAUUAUCAAAUGGUGACAUAUUGUUCAAAUAUCACGUCAGAAAGCGAUCUGCCAAUCAACCAAUCCUUUUUUCUUAUUUCUUUUUUUUUUGGAGUCAAUUGAUGUCUGUGUAAGAAACUAAUGAGAGCACCCUAGUGCCUAAAGUGUGCGCUGACUCUAACUAACUUACCAGCACAGAGUCCCCAGGCUUGAUUGCAGGUUCAACACUAUCUCGACCAACGUAACUAUAUCCAAAGGCUUGAUUCAUAACAAAGUGCAGAUUUUGGUGAACAUGUUUCUUCGGCGAAUGGCGGUUUCGCUUUCUCACUCCAGAAGGUUUCUUAGCAGUAGCAGCAACAGCAGCAUUGACAUUGCGAAAGCAAUUGAUGAGCUUAACAAGGAAAUGGAAGCAGUGUUUGGUGAACCUCCAGCAGAUAGCGGGCUUGCCAGUUCUGCAAGAAAUGAUGUUAUGGCUCAAGAACCCGAGUUAGUAUCACGAGAAAAAGGAGAAGACAUGCAUGGCCUAACCCACAUUGGCGCUACGGGGGAGGCUCAGAUGGUGGAUGUUUCUCCAAAACCAAGUACCAAGAGAACUGCCGUUUCUAGUUGCAAGGUACUUCUUGGCAAGCAGGUGUUUGAUUUGGUGUUAGCCAACCAGAUGGCUAAGGGAGAUGUGCUUAGUGUGGCCAAGAUUGCUGGAAUAAAUGGAGCAAAGCACACAAGCAAUCUCAUCCCGCUAUGCCACAACAUACCUCUGACCCAUGUCCGCGUUGAUCUGACACUAAAUCCCAAGGAUUUCAGUGUGGAUAUCGAAGCAGAAGCUAGUUCAACCGGGAAAACUGGGGUUGAAAUGGAAGCCAUGACAGCUGCAAGUGUUGCUGGCCUAACCGUCUAUGAUAUGUGCAAAGCUGCUUCGAAGUAUAUACAGAUCACUGAUAUAAGACUUGAGAGUAAGGCUGGUGGGAAGAGUGGAGACUGGCACAGGGAGGAGUAAGUAAUGGAGUUCAAUAUAGUGCAAGAUGCUCUCAUUGUCUGCAUGUAAGUGCAUCGGUGCCGAUCGCAUUGUAAUGAUGAAAGAUCGGAUAUGUCAUUU